UGGGGAUAUCCGGUUUUAUAUUUUGAUAGUGCAGCCUGUCGAUUUCGUGUUCUCCGUGUUGCUGGAUUUACGAACAUAGGAAUUUCAAUUUAAGUAGCUACUUUCUCAGCUAGCUGUUAUGCUAGCUGGAAGCUAAUGCUACCUUCCCUGGCUAUCGGAAAUACCGAGGUUAGGUAUGGAGUUGAACCUGAGGGCACCUUCACUUUCGCCUUUGGCGUAAAUGUCGCUGCAUAGCCACCGUACUCUUGAGUGACGGAAUUGAUUACGUCUGUGUAAACCCCACGUACCGCCCACCGGCAGCUAAAUGAUUCAAUGCGUCGGACCGCAGCACCGGUGACAGUUGAUAUUUACGGGGAGUCCCUGAAGGCAGCAGGUCUGUCCCGUCCCGCAAACUUAGCUAGCAUUAGCCGGCAGGAGAAGACCGCAGCAUCAGCAUCACCCACCCACCCACACACAAUGACAUGAAACAUUUACCCGCUUAGAUUAUUGUACGAGACGACGGUAAGGAAUAUUUCACAGGCCAGAACAAGAUGAGUCGCUUCUGUUCAGACAACAACAACUUUCCCUACGACAACAACAUCCUGGUUUUGGACAUGGUGCUGGGCUCUCUGUGGGGUGUGCCCCAGCCCAUAAACUGGGACAAUGUAGCCAAGCUAGUACCAGGCUUCACUCCCAAGGAGUGUGCCCGUCGAUUUGAGGAGCUGAAGAGCAUGGGGGGGUUUCCUCAUGUGGACAACCAAUGUAAUGCCCUGACAGAAGGAAGCAGCUCCCCUUCAGACGUCCUGUCCACGCUGCUGGACACUAGGGAGGUGGUGGAGAGAGGAGGCAGCCAGAGCAGCAGCAAAGUUACAGGCUCCAAGUUGAAGCCUGCAGGAAGGGGUGCUGCGGUGGAGAAGAAAGAGAAAGGCGUGUCAGCGGAGGAGGAUGAAAAACCUCAGAAACCACGAGAUCCCAACAUGGUCAUCCAUGUGUGCGAUGAGACCAAGAACCUGAAGCAGGAUUUCACUUGUCCCAGAGAUCUUCUAGUCAGGGAGAUGCGCUACUUUGCUGAGUAUUUAUCUGUGGACCCCCAGAGGUGGGAAGAGGUUGACAUCUCAGUCCAUUGUGAUGUGCAGAUCUUUGACUGGCUUAUGAACUAUGUCAGGAGGAACUCAGCAGGAGAGGGAUACAAGGACAAACCCCGGCUUGAGCCCAGCAAUGUGAUCUCAAUCCUGAUCUCCUCCGAGUUCUUGAAGAUGGACACGUUAGUGGAGGAGUGCAUCCAGUACUGCCACAAACACAUGAGCGCCAUUGUGGCUACUCCCUGCAACAUGAACUGCAUAAACAGCAACCUGGCCACGCGGAUCGCUGAGCUCUUCAGCCACAACGAGGCCGACGACAUCAGGGACAAAAAAGACAAGUUCAAGAGUAAACUGUUUCAAAAGAAAAUUGAGCGUCUCUUUGACCCAAACUACCAGAACAGAGAUUCACCAGGAAAUGCCUCGACUCUAUACAGGUGUGGUCUGUGCCUUAAGCUGCUGACCAAAGACACAGAGAGGAAGAUUUCAUGUGUUCCGGGGAAAAUCAAUAUCGACGCUCGUGGAGAGAUCGUCUAUACACACAACAGACAGAAGAGUUGGGAUGUGCAUGAAUAUAUCACAGGCCUGUAUGAGGAGCUCAAGUCGUGGGUGUUGGUUUACUGGAGAAUCUGGGGUACCAUCAACUACCUCACCUGCUCCCGAUGCCAGCAGGUGUUUGUAUGUGCAGAGCUGACCCAGUGCAAGUACCACCCAGACAGUGUGCUGUACCCUGGCAUGGGUACAGAGAAAGGCUGGCACGGUGCAGGAAUAUAUCCAUGCUGCAACCAGCGGGUUCUCCGCUUCGACCCCACUGGGAUUCCAAAGGGCUGUAAAACACGGGAUCACAUAGUGAACGUCCCCGACGAGGAGAACUGUGACGAGGUGACUUCAGCCCAGACCAGAGUCCUCAAUGACCUGCUGCUGCACAGAGACGCAGUGUGUUUGUCAAACACACCUCCUGCAGAGGGUGCUGAGGAGAGUCAGUCCAGUGCAGAAAAGGUUCAGGACUGUGAUGUUCUCUUGGAGCCAACAGUCCUCAGAUCUCUGAGAGGAGAUGGCAGCGCUUUUUCCCUUUUGAAAAACUGGAGUCUUCAACUGAGGCAGCAGUCUCUUCUGUCAGAGGAUGAGGAGUACACCACAGGGUCAGAGGUCACUGAAGAUGAGGUUGGGGAUGAAGAAGAACUCUCUAAGAAACAAGCUGCUAAGAAGGCCAAGAAGGCCCACAGACCUCUGAAAAAACAACUGUCCUCGCCAAACUUCCAGCGCAAAGAAAAAUCUGAGAAAUCACAGACCAGGGACAACACACCUUUCACAGUAAGCGUCCAGAAAAGUAAGUGGGACAGCUCUCGCUCGAUGCGCUACAACCAGGACGCUCAGCGAGAGGAAGACCAGCGCCGCAUGGUGGAGAUCAUCGGCUACCUGACAAAGAUGAGGUUUGGAGACGAGGAACAGAGUAAAUCCAAGGACACUAAAGAGCCUGCAGGGGGGAUCUACUCCAGACUCGAAGCACAAUUUAGGAGUUCCUCUCAAGGCAGACAGAGUUCAGAAAAGACACCCAGCAGGUCUAAAAUGCGCUACGCUCAGAUCCGAACAACAUAAAGCAGCUGAUGGUAAAAAGGCCGCGGAGCUGCUAAAUAGACCAGCAUUAAACCUGAUGAAGAGGACAGAGAGGACUGGCAGGUCCGUCAGUUAUAACCCAAAUGUGGACUCGCUCUCCUCAACCCCAGCACUUGUCAGUCCCGCCCCCCCCCGUCCCUUCUCUGCUUAACUCAGGUGACUACGUAUGGAUCACCGUCAACCACAUCUUCUCUCACUCGGCUCGCCGCGUGUUUGUGCAGCUGUGUCCAGUCCUCGAAAAACAAGCAGAGCUCUGGAACCAUAAGAAAAUGCACUUUGACUUUCCUCAGUGUUUCUUCACAGAGAGACAGGCGGGGAUUUCUACAGAGGACAACAGGAGGAAUGUAUGGAAGCCCACUUGUGCCAGAAAAAAAAAAAAAGACUGUCAUGGUUCAGAAAAUAUUUCAUAGCAAGUAAAGAUCAACAUGGAUCUUAUCAUAAUACCUUAAAUUUCUGUCUGGCCACCAGCUCCUACACGAUCAAGAGUUGAGCAACCAAACUUGGCACACAGGUACAUCUUCGGCGCCUGAAAGUUCUCACCUGUAUCAGAUACUAUGAUGUCAUCAUGCUACCUAGCAACCACCUACUGACCCAUUUUUAGUGUUUAUGCAAAUAUAACACCUUAUAAACGCAUCGUAUCAUUUUAAUUUCACAACAGUAACAUCAUUUAUUUGAGACGUUACUGUUGUGAAACUUGGAACAUUUUGAUAUAUGAUAUGACAUCACGUUGCCUGGCAACCACCUACCAAGGGAUUGAAAUGACAUUUAUGUAGUAGCAGGACAUGGGCAUGUAAAGACAAAUUCAUGGGAUUAAAACAAAUAUUACAAAAAUGCAGGAUCGAAAAAAUUUGAGGUUCACAUUAAAAAAGUAAAUGACAUUUUUAAAAAAAAUUAAUAAAAGAAUUAUGAAUUUAAAACAUUACAUCAGGUAUUAGGAAAAAAAAGAGGCAAAAGUUGAAAACUUGAGAAACUGAAUCUUGAGACUGGAAAAAAAAAAGUAUCAGGAUAUCUAAAAACAUGAGCCUGUGUCAAAAAAUUGUGUAAUGAGGUUAAAGUUAAAGUUAUUGACAUAAUAUUCAUUUUGGGGUUAAAAAAGCAGAACUGAGAAAUACAUCUUGUAUGAAAAUCUAAAUCAUUAGGUAAGAAGUCAAAAAUAUGAGGCAAACAAGGAGUUUAAUCAUGAAAAAAAAUAUUUUGAAAAUGAAAUUGUUUUUCUUAAACUGGCAGAAAUUGUCUUCCAUAUAGAGAUGCUAGUUGAGGCUGACAUAUUGUACUACCACCAUAAUGGAAACUCAGAUGUGUGGAGCAUGAAAAUUUAACUGCAUCAACUGAAAUUUACACCCAACUCUCUUAAUUCUGCCCGUGUCCUGUAGUGAAGCUCGUUCUUCAGACUAGAACGCUACAUUUGUUCCCCCCAGUUCUGGUAGAGAUGUAGUUUGAGUCAUUCCUGUGUUUACUGGAACCUGACUGUGCCAUGUACCACACUGGGACCAAUAAAACAUAAAUGGCACUAACCUCCA